GGCGAUUCCGAGAAAUACAGGAUUGUUUGAAUGGUUUGAGGCCUUGUAGCAUCCUGCGUGCGCAAUGGCCGCAAACUCACCGACUCUCGCGAUCCUGAGCCCUAUAGUUUGGUAACUUCAUAGUAGUUGUUGCCUGAAACUUAUUAUCAUGGCAAACAUUUCAACUGAAGAUUUACUAAAAAGUGCACUUCCUGUAGAAGUGCCGCUGCCGGCGGCUGUCGAAGCGUUGCCUGUACCUGUAACUGUAGCCGUGGAGUACUCUGCGGGCAUUGAUGAGAAGUUUUCUUAUGGGGACUAUCAUUUUAGCACAGUGUUGACAAUUGGAAUUGUUAAAACCAAUUUGACGUAUUUACACACACUGUUCAAGGAUCCUGCUGAAAUUCUAUGGGGAUCUGAUGGAGCCCAAAUCAUUGUUGAAUUUACAGGUGUGUUCACUACCAUCGAGAGAGCAUCUGCUCACUUGAAAGGAGGCGCUAAAAAGGUAGUCAUCUCAGCACCAUCUGCAGAUGCAUCGAUGUUUGUAAUGGGUGUGAACCACGAAAAGUACGAUGCUGCUAAAAAGCACAUUAUCAGGUUAUCAAUGACAACUUCACAAUCAUCGAAGGACUUAUGACUACCGUCCACGCCACAACGGCGACGCAGAAAACAGUUGAUGGCCCAUCAGG